AUGCCUGGCGAGGUUAUCGAUCGGCCCAACCCUGAGGCUGAGCCAUCGAAUCUUCCUGAUCUGCUUGAUCAGUUGCAGGUCAAGGUAGAGCACAAGGCUUUGGAUCAGGCGGCUUGUGAUGCGUUGUAUAAAUUUCGCAGGGCGGCGUCGUACAUUGCUGCGGCGAUGAUUUUCUUGCAGGACAAUGUGUAUCUGAAGCGCGACUUGAAGCAUGACGAUAUCAAGCCCAGAUUACUCGGCCACUGGGGAACAUGUCCCGGACUGAUUCUGGUCUAUUCCCAUCUGAAUUAUUUAAUCCGGACGCAGAACCUCAACAUGCUCUACGUUGUUGGUCCCGGACACGGUGCCCCUGCCAUUCUGGCUUCCUUGUGGCUGGAAGGAUCCCUGGAGAGAUUCUAUCCGCAUUAUGCCCGGAGUGCCGACGGGCUUCAUCGGUUGAUUUCGACUUUUAGUACUACGGCGGGAUUGCCGAGUCAUAUCAAUGCUGAGACCCCCGGUGCUAUCCAUGAAGGUGGAGAGUUGGGAUAUGCUUUGGCAGUGUCGUUUGGUGCUGUCAUGGAUAAUCCUGACUUGAUUGUCACUUGUGUGGUUGGCGAUGGUGAAGCCGAGACUGGACCAACUGCCACGUCCUGGCACGGAAUCAAGUAUAUCGACCCAGCGGAAUCCGGAGCCGUCCUGCCAAUUCUCCAUGUAAACGGGUUCAAGAUCAGCGAGCGAACCAUUUUUGGCUGCAUGGAUAACAGGGAACUUACUGCGCUCUUUACUGGGUACGGAUACCAGGUUCGCAUCGUCGAAGACCUUCGCGAUAUCGAUACAGACCUCCACAACUCCAUGGCCUGGGCUGUGGCAGAGAUCCAGAGAAUUCAAAAAGCCGCUCGUUCUGGCAAGCCUGUCAUGAAGCCCAGAUGGCCGAUGAUUAUCUUGCGGACGCCAAAGGGAUGGUCUGGACCCAAGCAGCUCCACGGACAGUUCAUCGAAGGCUCGUUCCAUUCACACCAAGUCCCUCUCCCCAAGGCCAAGUCGGACAAGGAAGAGCUCCGGGCUCUCCAAGACUGGUUGGCAUCAUACGAACCAGACAAUCUUUUCACAGAAUCCGGAGAUGUCAUUGACCAAGUCAAAUCGGUGAUCCCCUUGGAUGACGAGAAAAAGCUUGGUCAACGCUUCGAAGCGUACAAAGGCUAUGUCCCUCCUAAACUACCCGACUGGAAACAGUUUUGUGUCAAAAAGGGCGAGCAGGAGAGUGCGAUGAAGGCUAUUGGAAAACUGAUCGACCAGUUUUUCGUAGAUAAUCCCCACUCUGUCCGUCUGUUCUCGCCGGAUGAAUUGGAAAGUAACAAGCUGGAUGCUGCGCUCUCGCAUACUGGCAGGAAUUUCCAAUGGGAUCAGUUCUCCAAUGCUAAAGGAGGCCGUGUCAUUGAGGUUUUGAGUGAACAUAUGUGCCAGGGUUUCAUCCAAGGCUAUACCUUGACUGGCCGGGUGGGUAUUUUCCCUUCGUAUGAAAGUUUCCUUGGAAUUGUCCACACCAUGAUGGUGCAAUAUGCCAAGUUCAUGAAAAUGGCCCAAGAAACAAAAUGGCACGAUGAUGUCAGUAGUAUCAACUACAUCGAAACCAGCACAUGGACCCGACAGGAGCACAACGGAUUCUCCCACCAGAACCCCUCUUUCAUCGGUUCGGUCCUCAAGUUGAAGCCGACGGCAGCCCGCGUGUACCUGCCACCUGAUGCCAACACGUUCCUGACGACGGUGCAUCACUGUCUGAAAUCGAGAAACUACAUCAACCUCAUGGUAGGCUCGAAGCAACCGACCCCGGUGUACCUCACACCCGAAGAAGCAGAGAACCACUGCCGCGCAGGUGCCUCUGUCUGGCGCUUCUGUAGUACAGACGGCGGUCUCGACCCAGACGUGGUCUUGGUGGGUAUCGGUGUCGAGGUGAUGUUUGAAGUCAUCUAUGCAGCGGCGCUUCUGCGCAAACGCGCCCCUGAACUUCGCGUGCGGGUCAUCAACGUGACGGACCUGAUGAUCCUUGAAAAUGCAGGAGCCCACCCACAUGCCCUGUCGACGGAUGCGUUUGACGACCUGUUCACUAGCGACAAGCCUAUCCACUUCAACUACCACGGCUAUUCGACCGAGCUGGAAGGCUUGCUUUUCGGACGCCCUCGCUUGGAUCGCGCGACAAUCCAGGGAUACAUGGAAGAAGGUAGCACCACGACGCCUUUUGAUAUGAUGUUGGUCAACCGGGUGUCACGAUUCCACGUCGCACAGGCGGCUAUCCGUGGAGCGGCCAAGCGGAACGAGCUGGUUAAGAUUCGCCAUCAGGAGUUGUAUUCCGAAUUGAGCCAUGAUAUUGUCGAGACGCGGAAGUAUAUUCUCGCGAACCGAAAGGAUCCGGAUGAUAUGUAUGAGAUGCCGAAAUUCAAUUAG